AUGACUGACAGCGUUUUAGCCGGCAUCCAGUCCUUUUGUCCUACUCCUGAGAGCGUACCGCCUCCUGCGCCUCUCUACAGACUCAAGCACCCGGAGGGCCUGUCAGUGCAUAUACAUCCAUUGAAUCCCCUUGACUUUGUGUUGAGGGCCGCUCAGAUCUAUCCGGACAACCUUGCUCUGGCACAUCCUGAUGUUGAGAGCCCCGUCUAUUACACAUACGCCGUAUGGGCCCAGCGCAUCCAGAACUUGGCAUAUGCCCUCAUACAAGCGGGCGUGCAGCCGGGAGAUCGAGUAGCUAUAAUAGCACCCAACUCAUCAAUGCGAGCUCUAACUCCGCACUAUCUGCCAGACGCCCACCACGGCGCACUGGCAGCCAGAGCGAUAGUAACACCCAUAAACACACGCCUUACGAGGCCAGAAGUCGAGUAUAUCCUCGACCAUAGCGGAGCGAAGAUUAUUCUCGUGGACUACGAGUUCGUGCAUCUCGUUCAGGGUGCCAAAGCACGGGUGGUUGUGAGCAAGGACACCGGACGGCCCGGAGACCCUUACGAGGAGUUCCUGAGCAGUGGUCGGAGGUUUAGUCAGGAGAAGGGAUGGCAAGGGCUGCAGGCGGAGAGCAAUGAAGAUGCAGGGGCUUGUCUAUGUUAUACGUCCGGUACUACAGGCAGGCCAAAGGGUGUACUCACCACCCUGAGAAGCAGUUAUUUGGCGGCUGUUGCGAACGCGUUCGAAACUCGAAUGAAUCCCGACUCUACUUACUUAUGGAUUCUUCCUAUGUUCCACGCUGCAGGAUGGACUUACCCUUGGGCAAUAACCUUCGCCUUUGCUACGCAGAUCACCCUCCGCACCGUCUCUUACCCGCACAUAUGGAACCACCUCCUCAACUCGGGCGUCACGCACUAUUGCGGCGCACCAACCGUCCAGAUCGGCCUCGUGAAUGCGCCAGAAGCCAGGAACUUGGACCAUCCGGUGUCCGCGAUUAUUGCUGGUUCCGCGCCUACGGCGCAUCUGAUCGGCGAGCUCGAGAAGAGGGGCAUUCAGCCGGUUCAUACGUUAGGUCCCUUCACCCGAAACUACUUCCAGCCGUCGUGGCGACAGCUGUCCCAUGACGAGCGGUCGAAGAUGCGCGCCCGCCAGGGCCACAGCUUUGCCACAGCCCAAGAAGCUCGAGUCGUGUACGCCGCUGCAGAGGACAACGGCGUGCCCAGCGGCGAGCUGAGGGACGUGCCUAAGGAUGGAAAGACCAUCGGCGAGGUGGUCACGAGAGGGAAUAUAGACCCAGAGGCGACGCGGAGGGCAUUCGAAGGAAACCACUUCCAUUCGGGCGACCUUGCAGUAUGGCAUCCUGAUGGCUCUAUAGCCAUUGUUGACAGGAGUAAAGAUAUCAUCAUCUCCGGUGGAGAGAACGCUUCCAGUCUCGCUAUUGAGCAAGAACUGGCUGAGCACCCGGACGUGCUAGAAGUCUCGGUCGUAGCGCGACCCCAUCCUAAAUGGGGAGAGAGGCCGAUGGCUUUCGUCGUGCUGCGAUCCGAAGCCAUUCAACGAUGGGCGAGAAAGCAUGCAGAGUUCGCUGCUAAUCUCAAGCAGCACGCGAGAGGCCGCCUACCAGGCUUCGCCUGUCCAGAGUGGGUCGAAGUGGUACCCGAAUUACCGAAAACUUCGACGGGUAAGAUCCUGAAGACUCAGCUGCGGAAGCUCGUGGCGAAGCUGUGA